AUGACUAUUUCCUUUCAAAAUCCAUUCCUUUUCUGCAUUAUUCUAACUUUGUUUUCGUCAAACUCUUGCCAUUGCUUCCAUCCCAAACUCCUCAAUGUUUCAAACAUAUAUUCUGGUUGGUCACCUGCUGGGGCUACUUGGUAUGGCAGCACCAUUGGUCCUGGAAGUGAUGGUGGAGCUUGUGGCUAUAGCAGUGAUGUAUGGAACGCACCAUUCUAUAAAUUUGUAUCAGCUGGAGGAGAUUCUCUAUUCAAAUCAGGCCAAGGAUGUGGAGCUUGUUAUCAGGUGAAAUGCACAUGGAAUUCGAAUCCUGCAUGCUCAGGAAAUCCAUUGACUGUGGUUAUCACAGAUCAGUGUCCUGGAGGUCCCUGUGCCCAAGAAUCUGUUCAUUUUGAUUUAAGUGGCACUGCUUUUGGGGUCUUGCAGAUCCAAUACAAAAGAUCGUGGGGUGCUGUUUGGAUGAUCAACGCAGGCUGGGCUUUACGUGCCCCAUUUUCUAUCAAGCUAACAUCUCUCGAGUCUGGCCAGACCAUUGUAGCCUGGAAUGUAAUUCCUGCUGGAUGGGAACCUGGAAAGACUUAUAGAUCAGUAGUUAAUUUUCAGUGA